AUGGCUUGGACGAGCAAAGACUUUGUGAAUGAACUCAAAGAUGUGGAGAAGCUACUUUCAUACAAUCCUGCUCCAAUGCUUCAAGAGAGCUUGAUUGGAGCUUUGUUGAAGAAAGUUGAUUUGACAGCUGAGCUCAUGCCUUCAGACUUUGUGGUCAUGAUGGAGGCAGUUGAGAACUCUGCUUUGAUAGAUGAAAAGAAGAAAACAUUGAAAGAUGAAUUGAUGAGAAGGGCUGCACUCAAUCAACAAUCUUCUGUCGGCAAUGCAGUGGUGAAGAGACCACAGUCUUUGGUGAACAUAGCAGCUUACUUGACUAAGAAGGACCUGGAACAGUUGAUGUCUGGAGACAUUACCCUGGCUCCUUACAUUAUUGUCCAAAGAUUGAGGCUGGUGGGCAUGACUUCUAUGAAAGAGGAUACCAAGAGAGCAGCAGUUUCUUUGCUAGCCCAGUCUAUGCUCUGGCAUGGUAUGCAAAUGCCAGUAGCUGUCCGAAACACCCAUGGCAACUUGUCCAGGAAUGCCAGCUGUAGAAUGAAUGGAAAGCAACAAGGAAGAUCUGUUAUGCUGAUCCCCAGACAGGACAUCUUGAUGAAUGAGGCCUGUCCCAGUGGGCCAUCUUCUUCCAGGCCAGUGACACUUACAAUUUUUGACAAACAACCCAGCCCACAGAAACCUGGCACUGCAGGUAGCAAUGCUUUGGACUUGCUGCAGCUCAAGAAGCAGAUGGGUAGACCCUCUUCACCUGCUAACAAAGAUCAACUGGCUUUGCCUGCUCCAGAAACAGACAAGGAUGGAUUGGGUGCUUCCAAGCCAGAGAAUUGUGAAAAAAACAAGGAUGCAUUGCCACAGGCCUCUGUCAGCACCCCUGCUGAUCAGGAUCAACCCAGGAGUUUAGAAUCCUAUGAAGAUGCUGCCAUGGCUAGCCUACUCAAAAGACCAGCUAGCAAGAGCCCAGUCCUGAAGAAGCCAUCUGCCAGCACCACUUUGGAAAGCAGUUCUGGUAGUGCCAAGCCCAAUACAGCCAUUCCUGCCAAGAGAAUUUAUGGAUGCUUGAGAUGCCGGGGAAAUCCAAAUGGUUGUGAUACUUGUCAUUCUGACACGUUUAAUGGCAAAAGAUUUAAAGGAAGAGACGACUACAAUAAGUUUGUCCAAAGACAGGCAGCAGCUGGUAAAGUUUACAAAUGA